CUCUCGCUCUCUCUUUGCUCCUGCUGCUGCUGCUCGCUAUCGAACUGACCUGCUGUGCUGCCGACGAUGAACUUGCUGCUGCUGCUGCUGCCGCUCGGUCUGCUGCCGGCUGUCUCUGCAGAGUUCGACCCGCGGCUCGUAGGCACCUGGACGACCAAGUCGCGGAAGGUCGUAACAGGCCCGGGCUUCUACGAUCCGAUCAAGGACAGGCUGAUCGAGCCGUCGCACACGGGCAUCUCCUACUCCUUCACCCGAGGAUGGCUACUUGAGGAAGCUCAGUACCGCGCCAUUGCGAACCCACAAAACCCAGCCUGUCCGAGCGGGAUGAUGCUGUUCCAGCAUGGGACUUACGAGAUCAAGCCUAACGGGACCCUCCUGUUGAACGCAUAUGCCUUUGAAGACGACGGGCGUCAGUUGAUAUCAGACCCUUGCAAGGGCGAGCGAGCAAGCUACUACAGAUACAACCAGAACGAGACCUUCAAGAGAUACGAGGUCUUACUCGAUAAAUUCCACAACAUACAGCGGCUCAACUUGUAUGGACACGACGGCACACCCAUGAACCGCAUGUUUCUCAUCUACAAACCUCCCCAGAUGCUGCCAACCAAGCACCUCAACCCUGUCGUCAAGGUUCAGCGACGAAAACGUGACCUUGGAGAAGGCGAGUUCGACAGGUCUCCCAUCAAGAAUUCCGUCCUCUCCCACCUACCCGUAACCGCCAAUGCCGACCGCUGGUGGUGGGUUGGCGUCCUCAUGACCUCCAUCGGCGGGAUUGCUCUCAUCUACUCCUAG